CGCGGGAACCGAAACAUCUAAUUCGAAAUUCAAAUAUCGUGCCUAAUAUGGACUUUGUGUGUUGAAUUUAAAUAAAAAUUAAAAUGAAUAUGUCGCUGGGAAAACAACCUACGGACCACAUUAAAAGGCCCAUGAACGCCUUUAUGGUCUGGUCCAGGGGUCAGAGGCGGAAAAUGGCUCAAGAUAACCCUAAAAUGCAUAAUUCUGAAAUUUCUAAGCGACUGGGUGCUGAGUGGAAGUUGCUUUCUGAAAUGGAAAAACGGCCUUUUAUUGACGAAGCGAAACGAUUGAGAGCCCUUCAUAUGAAAGAACACCCAGACUACAAAUACAGACCUCGCCGGAAACCAAAGGCUCUUGUGAAGAAAGAUCCCAAAUUCGGUUUCAAUAUCUCCGGUCUAAUGGCGCCAGUCCCUCGUCUGGUCACACCGCUCCCACAGCCAGUACCACAACUGCCCGUUCCACAUCACUUUGACAAGCCAGACCUUGGAAGACUGUUUCCACCACUGCCUUAUCCGUUUUAUCCCUUUGCGAAGUUACCGGAUGACGGGAAAUUGGCUGCAGAACUCGCACACUUACAGUCCAAUUAUUUCCAGGCCCUUUACGGCGGUGCGUUAUACAGCAGUGCACUAUACAAUAGUGCAUUAUCGCCUUGCGGAUGUCCGCCACGAAGGACGCCGUCACCACCACCUGAUGUGAAGCGUCCGGUAGCUUACAUCCUCAUGAAAAGUGAUGAGGAACCUCCUCAGCAUGUUAUAUGAAGGCCGGUUGCCCUCCCAGCGCGACCUUACCCGCACUGGGAGAGGCCGUCCACUUCGACAGAGAGAGACAGCAGCACUCCGGACAGUGUUUAAAGUGUCUCUUUCGCUCUUGAACAGUUUUCGUUUUAGUGAUGAACCAGUGUGGCCGGUGUAGUCUUUAAUAAAUAAAUGUAUAAAUCUGGUCUGUAAGCUUUUAUUCUGUAAAAAAUCAUACGUAAUAAGUUUGUCUUUUACACUUUAAAAUUAUUGCUGUAGAUAGUUAUUUAGACGCUUUAUGAACUGAAGCAAGAAAAUUAAAACAAUGUAAAAUAUAAGAAAGAAAUUUAUUUUUCAUGUUAGAAAAUUCAAGAAUGCUACCCCAUAUAGAACAUUUACGCACACGUUAGUAUGGAAAGCCCUCCUCACACACGAAUAAUAUGAUAAACAUAUUAUAUAAUAUUUGUUAUUUACGCUAAAAUUGUCUUAGAGAAACUCUCGAUUUAAGAAAGACUGAUAAAUUUAUUUCUACGCAUUGCAAACAACCUCUGUUAUGCAAAAAUUUAUUUUAUUUGCGUAAUUUAAAUAUUACUAUAACGCGUAAACUUCGUACUUAUUAAGAUAUAAUGUAACCUUACUCUGAGUCAUUCAUUAAUAAUAAACGGUCACUUAAGGUACACAUUUAAUCAAUCGUUUAUAAUACAUAUUAAUUCAUAUCAUGAGAUAUUUUAAUGUACGACUCGGAGUAAAGAAAACAAUUUAUACUACGUUGGCUAAAAGUUAUUAUAAACCGAAAAUUUAUAUAUAGUCUUCCUUACUUAGAAUUGAUUGUAAAUAGUAAUUAAUAUGUAGAGUUGAUGCAAUAUUAUCGAGAUGUAGACUAACCUUUUAGAACUGUCUUAUUUAAUUAUUUUAACUUUUCUGUUGAUUCGUUAAAAAAGUUAAAAAAGAUCAAUUGUUAGGUUUAGUUUAGU